AUGAUUAUUCCAAACGAAAUCACGGGCCUUAGCAACAUGCGUCUGGCAGUGGCUUUACCCCUCUUCCUAUUUGCCCUGGGAAUUCUGAGACUGGUCUACAGGGCAAUUUACAACAUUUACUUUCACCCCCUCAGCAGUUUCCCAGGUCCCAAAAUCAACGCCGUCACUCGUCUUCCCUUAACACGUAUGAUAUGCUCUGGUCAUGCUCAUAAGACACUGGCUGCUCUUCACGACAAAUAUGGACCUGUGGUCCGUCUAGCCCCAGACACUGUGGACUUUGCCAAUCCGUCCGCCUUCAAAGACCUGAUGGGCCAUAGUAAAGGCGGAGGAGGCGCAGAAAACUACAAAGACCCCAUAAACGCGCGCUAUAAGCCGCAUAGCAUCAUCAACGCAAAUCGCGAGGACCAUGCCCGCAUUCGUCGCGUGUUGGCGCAUGGCUUUUCGGCCCAGAGCAUGAUCGCGCAGCAGCCUUUGAUCCAGACCCAGGUUGACUUACUAAUCCAGCGUCUGCACGAGAACUGUGAUGACGGAGGCAAGGCUCUGAAUAUGGUCUCUUGGUACAACUGGACCACAUUCGACAUCAUUGGCGAUUUGGCAUUCGGCGAGCCUUUUGGGUGCCUCGAGAGCUCCGAUUACCAUCCAUGGGUUUCUGUGAUAUUUGACAAUAUCCAUGCCGGCAUCUACAGAAACCAGUUUCAACGUUACGCUCUCACGCGUCCGUUCGUCAAGUGGCUUAUGCCGAAGGAUUUGAAAGAGAAGCAGCGUUUUCACAACGAACUCAGCAAAGAAAAGGUUCAGAGGCGCAUGGCGCUGGGAGAGUCAAGGCCUGAUUUUGUUCAAUCGAUGAUGAUGAAAGAAGGGCCGUUGGCUAUGUCAAAACCUGAGAUCGAGCAGACAGCAGAUACCCUGAUUAUUGCCGGCUCUGAAACCACGGCAUCGGUUCUCUCUGGCGUCACAUACUUCCUUACCAUGCACCCUGAAGUCAUGGCGAAGCUCGCAGAAGAAGUCCGCACAUCUUUUAACUGCGAAAAAGAAAUCGAUGUUCUCAGCGUUCAGAAGCUGAAAUACAUGCUCGCUGUUCUCGACGAAAGCAUGCGAGUCUAUCCUGUAGUGCCUUUUGGUCUUACCAGAGUUGUGAAACCUGGCGGGGAUUACAUCUGUGAGAGAUACGUGCCGGAAGGUACAAAAGUCAUGGUAUCUCAAUGGUCCAUCUAUCACAACGACAAGUACUUCUCCGAGCCCAACUCCUUCAUCCCGGAAAGGUGGCUUGGUGACCCACGCUUUGAGAAUGACGACAGGAGCGCCCUUCAGCCCUUCUCAUUUGGGCCUCGUAACUGUAUCGGCCGCAACCUUGCAUAUUCAGAGAUGCGAGUCAUCCUUGCCAGGGUGGUUUGGAAUUUUGAUAUGAAGGUCGCCAGUGACAGCACAAAUUGGACGGAGCAGGAGUUGUACGGAUUGUGGAAGAAAGGACCCUUGAACGUUCACUUAACGCCUCGAAAGAUUGAGUAA